GAAUCCUAAAUGAACAAAAUAUCCUCACCUUUGGACACCCCUACGAUGUUCUUGACAAAUUUAUCUUGUUCUGCGGGAGUUAAUAUUCUAUCUGUCCAGCUUCGUCGUUAUUGGGUGAAAUGUGAAUAGAGAGGCAAUGGAAAGACAGCAUCGGAGUUUCGCGGCUGCCGAUGCAAAAAUGGUUUCCGCGCUGGCCAUCGGAGGCCGGUCGGACAAGAGGAGAACAUCUUCGGGAGCUCUGACCCCAAUUCUCUGCCUCGACCACGAUAUCAUCUGUAAGAUAUUCGCUCACCUAGACAUGUUCGACCUCGUUCGCUGCUCUGCUGUUUGCAAAAAUUGGAAUUGGAUCAUCGACGACUCUAGGUUGCUGAGAAAAUAUUAUUAUAAGCAGCAGAUUAGUUCUACCUUUACUCCUGGUACUUCUACAUCACGCGAAAAGCCACUGAGAAUAGUUCUAAAGGAACUAGCUACGGAGCACCAUAGAUUAGCGUUUCAAAAAGGUUACAUUCGUAUUGAUCAGUGGAGGGGUCAUUCAGCAAGGGCUCAUCAGUGCCGCAUGAAGAUGGGCCUGAUUCUUACCGGUGUUGGAGAUAAGGCUAUGCGUCUCUGGUCAUUGGAAAGCUACAGAUGCAUGGAAGAAUACUCAAUACCUGAUAUGGUCUCUCUUGUUGACUUUGAUUUUGACGUGAGCAAGAUUGUUGGUCUUGUUGGUACACGUAUAUGCAUUUGGAGACGGAAUGGGAAAAGAAGUAUAUUUCCUUCACAAGAAGGAACAUUUCCAAAAGGUUUAUGCAUGCGUUACUUUGAUCCAGAUGCUGUGGUUGGAUGUGAAGAUGGGACAGCUCGUGUUUUUGACAUGUAUAGUAGGAGAUGCUCUCAAAUUAUAAGGAUGCAUUCUUCACCUAUAAGUAGUUUAUGUUUGGGUGAUGAUCAACUGAUACUGAGUGGUUCCUCAUUCGGAAGCAUCACAAUAUCAGAUCCUUCCACUCUUAAGCAAGUAACAAAACUUAAAUCGAUUGAUGGAACAGCUAUAAGGACCUUAUGCCUUAACCCCACUUCUGAAUUUGUUUUUGCUGGAUCAUCCGCUGGUUAUACAUACUGUUGGGACCUUAGGACAAGGAGACGAUUAUGGGAGACACGGGUGAGUCCUAAUAUAUAUUCUUUACAACAUAUGCAAAAUGACACGUCAACAUUAGCUGUUGGUGGAAUAGAUGGCGUGUUACGAAUCUUGGAUCAGAAUAAUGGUAACAUAAUAUCACGCUGUAUAGCGAAGGAUGAUUUGGUAUCAACUCAUGAGAAUCCUUCUGGAGCCAUUCAGAGAAUGAAAGGAAGAAGGAUACAUGAAGGCCAUUUCGACGAGAUCCCAAGGAUUGCACGACCACCUAUUACAUGCUUGGCCGUGGGAAUGAAGAAGGUUGUCACUACUCACGGUACUGGAAACAUUAGAAUGUGGAAAUUUAAUUGAGUUCCUGCACUUGUACCUUUCAUGAUUAAGAGUUUCUCUAUUAUUAAUUAAUAAUUAACUAGAUAUUAGAUAGGCAUUUUACGUUAUGAGUCUAAGAAAUAAAAUACUCUGUAUAUCUUUGUUAUAUCAAAAAGUUUGAACUCUUAAUUUCCA